CAAUUUUUUAAGCUUUUACUUUACUUCGACAUAUCGGCAUUCGGCAACAGUCCAGUGGUCCCGGUGCCUGGCGUUAGAUCUCUGUUGUAAUUAAAGUGAAAAAUAUUAUAAAAAACGAUGGACCGUUUUUGCAGUUAUUGUGGGGCAAGGAGACAACUGGAGUUUGAUCGUCCAUUGGAUCGCUGUAGCAAAUGUGAUAAAUUCCCAUUUAUAUUAUCGCACGAAGUAAAGUCAGCGUCGGUAUUGCGGUGUUCGGUGUGUACUGCUUAUAUCUGCGCGAUAAACAGAUAUUGCGAAAUAUGUGGACAUACGGUGGAAAACAGCAAACGGAUAAGGGGCGAAAGAGCUGGACAAAUGCAAAUGGCAGGAAAAAUUCAGGCGAAAAAAAUGGAAGCUAUCGAACGGAGAAAAAGACGAAAACUGGAAGCUGAGUGUUCAUCGUUCAGUGCCUCAACCCCAUCCACAAUGACAUCACUUUCGCCGUCAAAAAAGUCAUCAUCUAAUCCGUUAUCAUUUUCAUCCAACGAUGAUGAGGAUGUAGACAAUUUGUUGUCGCAAAUACCGGAUUCGGAAUUGUCGCAAAUACAGGAUUCGCAAAAACCGGAUUCGGAAUUGUCGCAAAUACAGGAUUCGGAAGCAAACCCAGAGUGAAUCUAUAAUAUGUAAUUAUAAUUAGGUAGGUGAUUAGGUAAUUAGGUAAGAGUGAAUCAAUAAUAUGUAAUUAUAAUUAGGUAGCUGAUUAGGUAAUUAGGUUAUCUUUAUAAUACAUAAGUACAUACUUUAUACAUUUCCAUGUAAUAAACAAAAUAAACAAUUUAAAUUGA